AUGGUCUCGGACAAGUCGCUGUUCACGACCUAUCGCCAUAUCGCUCCUACGAAGAUUGGUGGUAUUGCAGGGGGCAUCAACGCCAUCGGAACGGGAAACAUCGCCUUCAUUGCCGCCUCGGGUCAUCCGAUCACGCUUACCGGCGUGCUGCACACUCCGGGCCUGUUUGUCAAUCUUCUCUCGGUCUCUCGACUUUGCGACACCGACGAUGUCCGUGUCGCCUUCACAAAACACGGCAUCCACAUUGACAAGGACGGCAACGACAUCGCUGAAGGCGCACGACUCGACGAAGGGCUCUACUUGCUGGACGCUGAUCAUUCCAAAUGUCAGCACCUUGCUCUCCUUUCUCGCUCACAGUCGUCCGUGCCCCUGCUGACUCUCCAUCGCUGCCUCGGCCAUCUCGCACCGUCCUCCAUACAGAAGAUGGUUGCCGCUGGUUUGCUGGAGGGUCUCAGGGCCGGAUAUAGUGACGAAGAGGUAGAGAAGUUUGUCUGCAAUGCUUGCCUCAGCGCAAAGGGCCAUCGUCUUCCCUUUCCCGAUUCGGAUUCGCACUCCUCAGAGAGACUCGGCCUUGUACACAGCGAUGUGCUUUCCUUCCCCGAGCGGUCCUUGACUGGCAAACGUUACCUGGUCACAUUCCUUGACGAUUACUCGCGCAAACUCUGGGCCUACGCAAUCGGACACAAAAGCGAAGUCUUCGGCAUAUUCAAAACUUGGCUAGCCGAGGUUGAACUCGAGACGGGUGCGACGCUGAAGGUCCUCCGAACCGACAACGGUGGCGAAUACUGUUCGAGAGCGUUCACAGAGUUCUGCAAGACACGAGGCACCCGUCGACAAUACUCUAUCCCACGCACGCCUCAACAGAACGGUCGUGCAGAGCGGGUCAAUCGUUCCAUUGUCGAAGGCGUCCUUGCCCUCCUUGUCGACGCCCACCUACCCAAGACAUUCUGGGAGGAGGCUGCAGCUUAUUUCGUUUACUGCAAGAACCUGUGUCAACACGCGGCCCUGGACAAGGCAACACCAAACUCCGUCUGGCAGGGUGACCACACCACUGCCUCGGCGCUUCACCCGUUCGGCUGUACAGCUUGGCUUACGGUCGCGCCCGAACUUCGCUCCAAACUCGACCCGAAGGCGGUUCGCGUUUUUUUCACCGGCUACGACCUGGCUUCAAAAGCCUUUCGCUUCUACGACACUACAACACAGAAGAUUAUACUUGGCAGAAAUGCCACGUUCCUCGACACUGAAUUCCCCGGAUUACAUGGCGACCCCACUGAGCAAGACGGCGACACGCACUUCGCCAGCGCUCCCACCACCGAAUCUCAAACCGUUGUCAAGACAUGGACCCCACUAGUAAGGUCGGCGCACAUGGACGUCUCAUCCCCCCUUGAUGAUUCUGCCAUGAGCGCCGUUGACGUGGCCCCAGGGUACACUGGCGGAACCUUACUUAACUUCACAGAUGCCGAAUCGUCCUCGUCACCGUCGCCUGCGUCGCCCUCAUCACCGUCGUCUGCGCCAUCGCCUGCACUUUCACCAUCGUCGGCUGCGUCAUCGUCACCCUCGGCCUUACCGACCGACUCUGAAGACUCCGCCGAUCCCCUCGACCUCCUCGGCUCACAGCCCCAGGUUCGCCUCGAUCUACAGGACGUGCACCACCCAGACUUCAGCACGUACCGCGAGCCCGCAUCGGCUGAGGAGUCGCCCGACGAACUCGACCUCAUUGGGCGCCACUCUCGCGACGAAUCUCCGGACGAAAUCGAUUUCCUCACCCGACACCACCGCGCCUUCAUCGCCAUCGACGACGACACCUCUGACACAGAGGCAAUUCAGCCAGUCAAGUCCAUCACGAGCGACCCACAGACCUGGCGCGAGGCGAUGUCUAGCGACAAGCGUGAAGUAUGGGCCAAAGCCGCCACCGACGAGUUCACCUCCAUGCGCGACGACUUCAAGGUCUUCACCAUCGAGGACCGAGCCACGGUGCCCGCGGGUGCGACUAUCGUUACAUCCAAGUUCGUCUGGAAAACGAAACGGAACGCACUCGGCGAAGUCACUGGACACAAGGCAAGGCUGGUCGCGCAAGGCAAUCGGCAACGCGACGGCAUCGACUUCAACGAAACGUUCGCACCGGUCGCACGCUUCUCCUCGAUACGCUCACUCCUCGCGCUGGCGGCCGCCAACGGCUUGCACGUGCACCAGGCGGACAUCGACAAAGCAUAUCUGCAUGGCGACCUUGACCACGACAUCUGGAUGACGGCACCGCGCGGCUUCGACCUUCCCAGCGACAAGGUGCUUCGCCUGCGACGCUCCAUCUACGGGCUCAAACAGGCUGGCCGAAUCUGGAAUCGACACAUCGACGCUUCGCUUCGGGCCCUCGGUUACACGGCGACGGGCACCGACCACUGCGUAUACUCUUGGCUCGAUGAUCGUCAAUGUCCACACUACAUCGCACUGUACGUCGACGACCUCCUGAUGAUCAGCCCGGAACUGGCCGAAAUCGAACGUGUCAUCUCAGGCCUGGACCAACGCUACGGAGUCAAGCGCCUCGGCCCGGCCGAGUAUAUCCUCGGCAUCCAGAUCAGGCGGUUCGACGACGGCUCUAUCGCCCUAUCCCAGGAACGGUACAUCAUGGACGUGCUCGCUCGGUUCCACUUCGACACCACGACUCGCGGCACUACAGUUCCGAUGACUCCCGGCCUUUCGUGUUGAACUUCGCUCCAUCUCACUUCUAGGACAAUAUGCGCUCACUGAAGUAGAGGUGCCUCGCCUUUUGGUGCAGUGGUAUAUUGUUCCUUCAUAGGUUAUGAGCCCAGAGCAACCAGCAGGUCAUGAGUUCAAUCCCCCCUGGGGUCAGGCAAUUUUGCGCGCAUACACUCAGCGUCCCGGCCCCCGCACUUGCCCAGCGGCGUGCCAAGCACCCUGGCGCAUCGACAGUGCUCACAGUGCCCAAGCUGCACUUGCCCAAGCGACCUGAUCAACAUGCCCAGUUGCCUCACAGCCGCACCCACUGCCACAAGCUCUUCAGCUUCGCGCACAGGGGGGUGUUGAACUUCGCUCCAUCUCACUUCUAGGACAAUAUGCGCUCACUGAAGUAGAGGUGCCUCGCCUUUUGGUGCAGUGGUAUAUUGUUCCUUCAUAUUUCGCUCACUGCUAUCCCGGGUCAAGGCACCGAACGGAUCAGGUCAUGGUAUCUGCAGGCUAUCGGCUCGCUCCUCUACAUUUCGCUCGGUACCCGCCCUGACAUCGCCUUCGCCGUGUCCUACCUGGCCCGCUUCGCCAACAACCCCGGUCGUCGUCAUUGGAUUGCGGUCAAGCACAUCCUACGCUAUCUCCGGGCCACGUAUCGCAACGAACUCGUGUAUGCUCGCGGCCAGGCUCGCAUCACGGGUGUGGUAGGCUACUCCGACGCGAACUGGGGGGCCUGCAUCGACACAUCGGUGUCCACCAUGGGCUACGUCUUCUACAUCGCUGGCUCGGCCGUGUCCUGGUCGUCCAAACGCCAGUCUCGAGUUGCCGAUUCGACCACCGACGCUGAAUACCUCGCCCUCUCGCAUGCUGGCAAGGAAGGGAUUUACCUCAGUCAGCUGCUCGAAGAGCUCCAUGUACAACCUGUUGCACCGGCUCACAUCUUUACUGACAACGAAGCCGCUGCUGCAGUUGCUCACGAUCCUGUCCGCGUCUCUGGCACUCGGCACAUACGCUUGCGUGAGCACUUCGUUCGGGACAUGGUGAAUCGGGGCGACAUCUCUCUCUCGCAUGUGGGUACCAGCGACAUGGUGGCCGACAUCUUCACCAAGGCUCUCGGCCCAAAGGUCUUCUCAACGCACUGCUACGCCCUCGGCCUUCGCACUCGACACCCGCGGCUUGGGUCUGCCUCGCAUUCGCGUGGGGGGGGGUGUGAAGAGUCCACUCUCAGCUCGACAGGGGCGCCUCGGUCGUUGCGCGCACUUGCUAGCCCGCCCCCGGCGGUGGGGACUUAG